GCAUCAUGACUCUAAAGAUCCUGCUGGGUGUCUUCUGUCUCUCAGGGUGUCUCAUCUUCUCCAGAUGCCGUCAGUACUACUUUGUUAAUAAGUCCUUAGAUUGGUUUGCGGCUCUGAGUUACUGUAGAGUGAACUACACAGACCUGGCCAACUUCGAAAACGCUACAGAAAUGAAACAAUUUAACAAAACAGUUUCAUCUGCUGGUUACAACUCUGAGGUCUGGAUUGGUGCUUACCUAAGUUUGUAUUGGAGACAUGUAUCUCAGAUCAAUGAUGAUUUCUGGAAAUGGGAAAACCAAACUAAAAAUGAACCCUUCUCAGCUUACUAUUUUUGUACAAAAGCUUUAGUGAAUUCACCAUACUGGUACUGGUCUUGGUAUAUCAACUGCUCACUGGAAUACCCAUUCAUCUGUUACAAUGGAACUUACCAGAGUCCUGAAUUUGUUUUUGUGAAUAAAAGCAUGGACUGGUUCAGAGCUCUCCGGUACUGCAGGGAGAACUUCACAGAUCUGGCUGACAAUUCGCUUUCUGUCAGUGAUACGCAGAGGCUGGUGUCAUAUGGGACUGAAAUAUGGAUCGGCCACAUUGUACAUCCUCAAAUUUUCUGGGUCGAUGGCAGAGACUCCUCAUUCAGAUACUGGGAUGAAUCAGUAAAAAUAUUUGGCAUUUCAAAUGACAUGCGUGGUGUCGCAGAUAUGCAGAGAUCAGGAAAAUGGAGGUUACUGCCCUAUUAUACACAACGACCAUUUGUCUGCUAUGACAACCUGCCAGCUCCUCAACCUGAAACCACAGAAGCUCCCAAAAAAGAAAUUGUUUACAGAAAAGUAAUAAAAAUCAGGAUGAAGCUGGACGACUCCUCUGUGAAUCUGAAUGACACCGCUGCCAAAGCAACACUCCUGAAAGAGCUCCAGGACAGACUGAAGGAGAAAGGAGUGAGUGGAAUCACUGUGAAGUGGAGAGAGCAGCCUGAUGGAGCCGUCUUCCAUAAAGACAGGAACGUACUCACAAAGAAGAAAACUGAGCUGUGAAUUUUGAAACCAACAUUGCUGCGACUUCUCUGAAACUCAGAUGUUUAGUGUACAUGAAGCUGCUGUACAUAUUGUGGUUUUGCUCUGUAUUUGUUUAUGCAAAUUAUACCGUUGACAUUUGUCACCUUGGUGAAAUGAAAAUAAUCAGAUAUAAUUAGUUUUUAUUAUUGUUUCAUCAGAGUGUUUUGUUUUGGACUAAAAGAUCCUUUCAUGGUUUUAAUACUCCUGAUGACGUCCUGUGUGGGACUAUGGUUAAAACUGUAGAUUUUUGUUCUGUCUGCUUGAGAUAAUUCUGCUUUUGUAUGAGAUUUAUUGUUUUUGACAAAAAGUGGUUUUUUUUUUUUUUAAUCCAUGAGACAUAAUGACAGUUAAUGAACUGGAUCAAGUGGCGGUGGAGGUGCGCAGAGAGAGGCUGAGGACAAUACAGAAAACAACAGUGAAAAUAAUUUAAAAUAAAAUGAAAUCACAUUGUUCGGUGAACUCAGCCAGAAACAUUUGUUAUUGUCCUUUUUACCUGCAUUUAGGUGUAACACCUUCUAUGAUUCAAAAAGCUGACUUGUAUUGUUUGUUACUGUUUCCAUGGAGCACUGCCUUUAAGUGCAUGAACAUCCCAAAACCAGGCAACUCAAAACUGCUUCCUAGAGAAAUAUAAAAAGAAUCAUUUUCCUGCUCUUCUAAAAAAAAAAAUGUAAAACUAAAUGUGUUACUUUACUCAUCUGAACUGUGAAUAUGUGAUAGAUAUUGUUCAUUGGAUACUAAAUAUAAUUUGUUAAGAUUGUCACAUUUUUACCUGUUUUUGUAAAUAAAGCUGUAAGUUAAAUUAAGAAGGUAAAAGUUGGACUAAAUGAAAUUAAAGUUAUAUUUCGAGGAUAUUGUCACAAUAGUGAGCAAAUCAUUUAAGCAUCA